ACGGAGUGACUCGGGGAAACGAAGAUGCUCGUCACGCUUCCCGGCCGUUGACAGUACGCAACGCUCGUUACCGUGCACUUUUCCGCCUCACGCGUUGACGGUACGAAAAUUUCCUCCGAACGAAAGUUACUCCUCAGGUUAUUCCACGAAAGUUUUGUAAAGGCCACUUUUCCGUAUCUCGAACCCCUGGGGCGGAGAACGCGAUGCAAAUGUGAGGCCGAUACACCUGCCGGAUUUUUUCCACGCAGGAAACGAGCCAGAACCUACCGAACAUUUAACGAGGGACUGUUAACGUAAUUAGUUCCGAUGUCUGUAAUUACUCUCGUUGAAGGCUCGUCGUAAAAUGUCGCGACCUUCGACUGAAAUCAGAUUGCUGGCAUUCUGCAGCGAUGGCCACGCGACGCGUAAUGGCGCUUCUCUUUUUUCUUCCUCGUUAGUCAGCCCACGCUGCCCUGUUUUCCGUGGAGCGAUGCGCUUUUGUCGAGGGUCCUCGGAUGUUUGGCAAUUUUGUUUCGGGAGCGAGACGUAAGGUCGAUGAUCUUAACUCCUGGGAAGCAUGUUCGCGUCCACGGCCAUGGAGAACGACAAGAAGAGGCUGAGGAACCAGUUCACCAGGGACGAGCGCGCUCGGCUCGUGGCCAUUGUUGGGAUGUACGCCUCUCUGUUGGACAGGAACGUCUCCAUAGUCGGCCGCAAGGAAAUCUGGGACGCGAUAGAGAAGGAGUUCAACGAGGGCGCCUCCUCGAGCAAAACCUCGGCACAGCUGAAGAAGUACUGGCAGAAUUACAAGUACCACUGCAAGAGAACGGCCAUCUCCAAAGACAGUCCGAUGUCAGUCGACGAGGGAUGCAAGGAACAGGUCCAGAGGGAGAUGAAGUCUCACGGAGAGGGGGGACCUCAUUUAGAGGAAAACCCGGAAAACUGCAAGGCCGAUCCUGGAAAAGGGAACGUGGUCGUUUCCGGCCUCUCCGGAGACAGCGUCACCGUCUCUGUCUUCCGGCACGAGAAAAGGGACCUUCGAGGACCCUCUUCUUUGGGUCCCCUCGCGGAAUCCAGCCGGAAGCGGAAGUGCGACCAGGAGAACCGGAAGCAACGAGGCCAACUUGCCGGGACCGAGGAAGUUCCGGACAAUGGGAAGACGGAACGUGAAGAAAACGCAGAAAACUCGGGUCAAGAGAAGACCGAUAAGAUCCCAGAGAAGGAAAAACGGGAUGCUGGGUGUUUCCAGAUGAAUCCCGAGGUCGAUCAUGGAUCUAUCGAUCCAAGGUCUUCCGGGCUCGGCAAGACUUCGACCGAUCCUCGGAUAAACGAUCGAGCGAGGUCGAAGGCCAAAUUCGAACUGGACCAUCAGCUGAUGCUGCGCAGACUGGAGACAGAGGAGAGGCGAUUAAGAGUCAAGGUCGCCGAGAUGGCCGUGCAGGAGAUUCGCCUGCGUAUCCGGAACCUGCAGGAGGAGCGACGACGAGCGGAAGAGCUCCACCAGCGUCGACUCUCAAGGACGAUCGGCGUCUCGUCCUUCCUGACUCCGGACGAACGGGAGGACUGGGAAAAGGAAAAGUCCGAAAUUGGCUGCUGCAAGUCCUUUUACUGAUCUCUCAAUGUCUUUUUUUUUUCCUUUCUCUCUCACUCUCUCGCCGAUCGCCUCGUGUUGCGUCGUACUCUCGUUAAUCGUCAGUUAGAAAAACGUAUGGGAUCAUACAAAAUAACAACGGCGCAUAGUUCCUUCGGGGGUCACGAGCAACGAGUCCAAAGUAUAUCUUGUAUAAGGCGCAACGCUCAACGGAUGUAUAUAUAUAAUUUAUGUUUAUGUAUAUACGUAUAUAUCGGCGCUCAACAAAUAUCGGAACGAUUUAUAUUCCCUUCCGGGACACGGCGAUACAUUUAUAAACUCGGUAUCGUCGACUCUCGAUAAAACGUGUCCCACUUUCUCACUCCCAAUGCGACUCACACUCUCUCGCUCUCUCAGUAUUUUUAAUUUUUCUCUCGCGCUCUCUUUCUCUCUCUCUCACGGGCGCGCCUUUGCCGGAUCUCCUUCCCCGUAUUCAUUGAUUGUUAAUAAUUAUCACAGAAAGUUUGUAAAACAACGACCAUAACGAUUAAUAUUAUGGGUGUAUACGUA